CACACACACACCUCGCCAGGGGGUACUCUUGACGGUCUCGGGAACGCCAACACUAGCCGCCUUUGCUCGGGCUUAUUUCAACAAGAGGCUGUAACGCGCAGCCAGUACGCGGCCAACCUGCAGGAAUCGAGCCAGACUAUCGGCGAAAAGGCCACCGGUGAAGUGGGUCUCGCGACGUCCCUCGCAGCGACGCUCCACCCCCUGACAUCAUGAGCCCGGUCGGUGAGGACAGCGGUAGUGCUGCUGCCGUAAGCGGCGUCGAUGCAGUCCGGCUGGUGAAGUACGAGGACGAGAGGCAGCUCUCGGACAUCAUGGCCCUCGUCGACAGGGAUCUCUCUGAACCAUACUCCAUAUUCACGUACCGGUACUUUCUGCACAACUGGCCCGGUCUGUGCUUUGUGGCGAAAGCCGGAGAUCGCACCGUGGGAUCGAUUGUGUGCAAGGCUGAGCGCGAGGUGGAAGACGACCCCCUGACGGGUUACAUUGCCAUGCUGGCGGUUGAUACAUCCUUCAGAAAGCAUGGCAUCGGGACCGCGCUAGCGUCCAAGGCGAUCGAGGCCAUGCGAGACUUAGGCUGCGAGGAGGUGGUUCUGGAAACCGAGGUGACCAAUGGGGGAGCCUUAAACCUCUACACCAAGCUAGGCUUCAGCAAGAACGAGCGGCUGAUUAAGUACUACCUCAACGGCGUCGACGCCUUCCGCCUCAAGCUGUGGUUCCGAUAGCAGCGCGUGGGGCACGUGGCAGGCUGGGUUGGAUAGACAGCAGGUUGUACAGCUGAUGGCUACAUCGCCCGGAUGCCAUUACACGGCGGUGUGGUGGCUGGCCCUGUAAUGUUGUCGGCGUCAUGGCGAUGUUACCCAAAGCUCUAUGCCGUAGCAACGGUUUCAUCGUGCUAAAAAAUGUCACGUAUGGCAUGGCACGUGGCACGUGAGUGGCACGCCUCUCUGUACAUACUGCAUGUGCAAAAAUGUGGCAGGAGAUGGAAUGUCUGACUCAAUGCCUUGGGUUUGCUUCAGAUGUUACCGCACGCGGGGUGUAUGGGUUGUAUGGUCUAUCAUGCAAGUUUACCCUUCGGGAGCUGGUGAUUUGCGAAUGGCCUCCCGGGGGCGACGCAUGUAUAGAUGGUCAUCAUUAUCACGGCUUUUUCGUCUCGAUAUUCCAAAGUUGGAGUGUUCGGGGAAACGUUGUUUUUUCUCAAACGUGUAUCCAACUGUGCGUGCGUGUAGGCUAGCGCCGUCUUUGCCACGUAAUCCUCCUGCUGAAACCCGUUGGUUUUGCUCUGUCUCUCACGUUCGUGGCGUGUUGCUCAUGGUGCCGUGAGGGCAUUUGAAGGGGAUGUGCGUGUCGCGCCGGAGUCUUGUAUGAAUAGUUUUGUAUGGCGACUUUGUUAUGGUUUGGAAUACCUACCUCCCAUCCAAGUACAGCGUUGGGCACACUUCAGUGCUACGUAUGGGGUAUGACUACCGGGAAUCGGGCAGGCGGGUUAGUGUGUCCACCAGCCCCACUGAUUAACCUUUCUGAGAAGGAGCGUGAGAAAAUAUUAUCCAGAGAAAGAAGUGCCGAAGCACCAAUAACAUGCAGCUAAAUGUGUGCACGAAGCACCAACAACAUUGCAAUGAUGAAUCAUUGUGUUCAAGGAUGCGUUUGUGUUGCGCGUGCCCGUAUCUUGCUUGUUGAUAGAUGUACCUGCUGUAUUGAAGUUCAUUGCCCGGCAUGCGUAUGUCUUUUGUCAGGAACUCCAGAACGCCAUCGCAACGGUAGUCACAGCGCAACCUCGGGAGGGU